AUGUAUAAUAUAUCAGAUGAAAAGUGGUCUUUAGUAUGCCCCCUAAAAACUGCUAGAUUAGCUAUCGCUUCCUGCUCCCAUUUAGGGCAAAUCUGGGCUGUUGGAGGCUUUGAAAAUGUAAAAAUUGGCUCUAACGCAAUUUCAACGCACUUACAAUCACCCAUUGUAGCAAAAGUAGAAUGUUAUAACCCCACCACAGACCUAUGGAAUCGCAAAAAAGACAUGCGUUUUUCUAGGUGCCACGCUUCCUUAGUCGAAGCAAAGGGUAAGAUGUAUGUAUGCGGUGGAGCCACCUUAUUUUCUCACGGUCAAAUAUCUCCCCCGACCAAUGUAGUAGAUAUCAAACAAAAUUCCAAUAUAAAUUCAACAAAGGCUACGAUUAUGAGUAUGCCGGCGAUAGAUGUAUAUUUAGACGAUUUGGACAAUUGGACUUACAUAACGGGUAUGAAAGUUCCUCGACACAGGGCAGCUUGUAUCAAUUACGAAAAUAAAAUAUAUAUCAUCGGAGGUGUGAGCUCUUUGAGUAAUGCUGAACUUAAAUCCGUGGAAUGUUUUGAUUUGGACAAGAAUAAAUGGUUAGAUGGAAUAGAACCAUUACCGCAAAGUUCCUUGGGACCUACGAGUUGCCUCAUUGCCAAAAACUUUCUCCACCAAUUGUAA